GCCGGUUCCUGUUCUCUCGACCCACGCGGCUGUUGCAGGCAGCAUGGCUGAAGCCCAGCAGAGCCGGGUGCAGGAGGCUGUGGAUGGCAUGGUGCAGCGGCUGGAGAGGGAGAGCAUCCGCAAGAUGCAGGGGAACAUGUUCCGAUGCAGCGCCAGCUGCUGUGACAACGACAAGGUCGGCAUGCAGCAGGUACACCAGUGCAUUGAGCGCUGCCACGCACCCUUUGCCCGGGCCCAGUCCAUCGUCACCAGCGAGCUGGAGAGGUUUCAGGAUCGCCUGACACGCUGCACCAUGCACUGCAGUGACAAAGCCAAAGACAUGCUGGACUCGGGCAGCAAGGAGCAGCAAGUGAAGCAGCAUCUGGAGGCCUGUGUGACGAAGUGCGUGGAUGACCAUAUGCAGCUCAUCCCCGGCAUGACCAAGAAGAUGAAGGAGAGCUUGGCUGCCCUCGAGCAGUAGAAACACCACCCAGGGCAGGGUUAGGGGGAGGUAUUCAGAUAUUCAGAGAGUCAUAUAGACGGAAUUUUGUGUGGAAAAUGGAGGGGAGAUUGUUUUUGUGUUGACUGUAAGCCAUUGCAGUGGCUCACGCCCAGGCAGCUGGUCCGGAUGAAAUGGCUGGUGCUGAUCUGAGCAGUGUCUCGAGUAGCGGAGAGAUACCUAUGACUUUGCCCCAGUCCUCAAAGAGUUGGCAGGUGGUGUAAGUGCUGCCCAUAAGAGCACUGUUCUCUACUGACCUGGCCCCUUUCCUCCCUGACAUUGUAUAUAGGGCUGCUGGAAGGUGCUGGAGGGACAACCCUGGAGCCAGAAGGGGCUUAACCUGUAGAACAGCAGUGGUAGCUUCCCCCAUGUUGCCUAGUCAGUCUGGACAGGAGAAACAGAAGUGGAAGCAUGGGUCCUCAGCUCAAAGUGGUAGCCACUGCCUGGAUUUGAAUUGGCCCCUUGGAGCCCUGAGAUCUGAUAUCCCUGCCUCCUCCCUUCCUCUGGGGUACUGUGAUAAAUAUCUGCUUUGGAGACAGGUCCUCUCUCCAGGUCUGGCCCAGGCAGCUUGCCACACUCUGCUUCUCUGGUUAUUUAAGAGAGCAAAUGACUGUGAUAGUGUGUGCAAAAAUCUCCCAGGUGUUCUCUGGAGAACUGAAUCCCUUGCAGGAAACAGGGGCCCUUUGAAAAGGACUGACCAUUGCCACUUGCUGCUCCUCUUCUCCAUGGGUUGACAAGUUCAGUGGAAUUGCUUAUGAUUUACAUUGAGGUAGAGACUGGGAGGUCUGGGCUGGAAACUCCAUAACCACAGGGUUAAUUCAGGCACACUGUUCCAUGCAAUGUGGCCUAAGCACCAGUGCCUUUGCUUCUGCAGCACUGUGUUGUCUGGUCUUCCUGCCAGAAAGCAUCUGAUUAAAUCCAUAGAGGCCCUGGCUGCAUUACUCAAGGAUAAAACGGAAGUGUUGCCAGGAGAUUCAGGGCAUUCACAGCAGUGGAAGCCAUUUACAUGCUGCCGGUCAGGCUCAACACAGAAUCCUGAUCCCCCAGAGCAAGAAGGGCAAGGACUACCACAGAGGAGCUGGGUCUGAUUCCCUGGACCAGGUUGGUGGCCUUUGGAGGCUUACAGCAGCAUUAGCGGCUGCCUCUGAUGCAGGGCUAUGUGGGUAAUUCUGAAUUUGGGGAUCUUACCAAAGAAGGAAAGCCAGGUGCAAAGAGAUGAUCACCAGCAGACAGAAAGAUGAAGAUGACAAAACAGGAGCAUCUAUUGACUGGAUGCGUACUUGUGAGCAUCUGGUCAGGGGAGAUGCUGUUCUAUUGACUUAUUUUGUCCCAUCCUGUGACUACCUGUGCUGAACACGACUGUCGUCUUGUCCUUUUCAAAACUGACUUGUUUUCUAAAAUAUGAUUAAAAAUAAAUUUUGAGGAAACUCUGCUAUUGAAAAAAGAUGA